AGUAGUCCCUCCGAUUCCUCUAUUUAUCUCCGUGUCGCAGCAGUAAGCGAGGUCCUCAGCGCCCUGCGCCCCACGCUCCGAAUUCCUGCGCUCCGAUGCAUCGCGGCGCUCCGUGGAGGAGUACAUAAGGCGGAGGGGGUGAGGUGACCUGGGCGGAGUUCUGUCGCCAGGAUCCUUCCGCAGGGCUAAACCGUUUCCGGAGUCUGCGCUGCGCCCGGUUCCGCCAUUGCGGCUCUCGCGGACCCUGGAGCCUCCGCCCCCGACCUGAGCUCUUUCGUCUGCCUGCCAGUUUCCUGCGUCCCCGGAGACUCUCCUGCUGAGCCCAGCCUCCCCCCUCCCCCUUCUCCUCCUCUCCCUUGGAGAGCCCGGGCAGCCACUGCCCCACAGCCCCAGUGACAGGAGGAGACCAUACACCCCCGACAGCGCCAUGGCCCAGAUUCUGCCAAUUCGUUUUCAGGAGCAUCUUCAGCUCCAAAACCUGGGUAUAAACCCCGCAAACAUCGGCUUCAGUACCCUGACUAUGGAGUCAGACAAAUUCAUCUGCAUUAGAGAGAAAGUAGGAGAGCAGGCCCAGGUGGUAAUUAUUGAUAUGAAUGACCCAAGUAAUCCAAUUCGAAGACCAAUUUCAGCAGACAGCGCCAUCAUGAAUCCAGCCAGCAAAGUAAUUGCACUAAAAGCUGGGAAAACUCUUCAGAUAUUUAACAUUGAAAUGAAAAGUAAAAUGAAGGCCCAUACCAUGACCGAUGAUGUCACCUUCUGGAAAUGGAUCUCUUUGAAUACGGUUGCUCUUGUUACGGACAAUGCAGUUUAUCAUUGGAGUAUGGAAGGAGAGUCUCAGCCGGUGAAAAUGUUUGAUCGUCAUUCUAGCCUUGCAGGGUGCCAGAUUAUCAAUUAUCGUACUGAUGCAAAGCAAAAGUGGUUACUUCUGACUGGCAUAUCUGCACAGCAAAAUCGUGUGGUAGGAGCUAUGCAGUUAUAUUCUGUAGAUAGGAAAGUGUCUCAGCCCAUUGAAGGACAUGCGGCUAGCUUCGCACAGUUUAAGAUGGAAGGAAAUGCAGAAGAAUCGACGUUAUUUUGUUUUGCAGUACGGGGUCAAGCUGGAGGGAAGCUACAUAUCAUUGAAGUUGGCACACCACCUACAGGGAACCAACCCUUUCCAAAGAAGGCAGUGGAUGUUUUCUUUCCUCCAGAAGCACAAAAUGACUUUCCUGUUGCAAUGCAGAUCAGUGAAAAGCAUGACGUAGUAUUCUUGAUUACUAAGUAUGGUUAUAUCCACCUGUAUGAUCUUGAGACUGGUACCUGCAUCUACAUGAAUAGAAUCAGUGGAGAAACAAUCUUUGUCACUGCACCUCAUGAAGCCACAGCUGGAAUAAUUGGAGUAAACAGAAAGGGACAAGUUCUCUCAGUAUGUGUGGAAGAAGAAAACAUAAUUCCUUAUAUCACCAAUGUCCUACAAAAUCCUGAUUUGGCCCUGAGAAUGGCUGUACGUAACAACUUGGCUGGUGCUGAAGAACUCUUUGCCCGGAAAUUUAAUGCUCUUUUUGCCCAGGGAAAUUACUCAGAGGCAGCAAAGGUGGCUGCUAAUGCACCAAAGGGAAUCCUUCGUACCCCAGACACCAUCCGUCGGUUCCAGAGUGUCCCAGCUCAGCCAGGUCAAACUUCUCCCCUACUUCAGUACUUUGGAAUCCUUUUGGACCAGGGCCAGCUAAACAAAUAUGAAUCCUUAGAACUGUGUAGGCCUGUACUUCAGCAAGGGCGGAAACAGCUUUUGGAGAAAUGGUUAAAAGAAGAUAAGCUGGAAUGCUCUGAAGAACUGGGAGACCUUGUGAAAUCUGUGGACCCUACAUUGGCACUUAGUGUGUACCUAAGGGCUAAUGUGCCAAAUAAAGUCAUUCAGUGCUUUGCAGAAACAGGUCAAGUCCAGAAGAUUGUUUUAUAUGCUAAAAAAGUUGGAUAUACUCCAGACUGGAUCUUUCUGCUGAGAAAUGUUAUGCGAAUCAGUCCAGAUCAGGGGCAGCAGUUUGCUCAAAUGUUAGUUCAGGAUGAAGAACCUCUUGCUGAUAUCACACAGAUUGUCGAUGUGUUUAUGGAAUACAAUCUAAUUCAGCAGUGUACUGCAUUCUUGCUUGAUGCACUGAAGAAUAAUCGCCCAUCUGAAGGUCCUUUACAGACAAGGUUGCUUGAGAUGAACCUUAUGCAUGCACCUCAAGUCGCAGAUGCUAUUCUAGGGAAUCAGAUGUUCACGCAUUAUGACCGGGCUCAUAUCGCUCAGCUGUGUGAGAAGGCGGGCCUCCUGCAGCGUGCUUUAGAACACUUCACUGACUUAUAUGAUAUAAAGCGUGCAGUUGUUCAUACCCAUCUUCUUAACCCUGAGUGGUUAGUGAAUUACUUUGGGUCCUUAUCAGUAGAAGACUCCCUGGAAUGCCUCAGAGCCAUGCUAUCUGCCAAUAUUCGUCAGAAUCUACAGAUCUGUGUGCAAGUGGCUUCUAAGUAUCACGAACAACUGUCCACUCAGUCUCUGAUUGAACUUUUUGAAUCUUUCAAGAGUUUUGAAGGUCUUUUUUAUUUUCUGGGAUCCAUUGUUAACUUUAGUCAGGACCCAGAUGUGCACUUUAAAUAUAUUCAGGCAGCUUGCAAGACAGGGCAGAUCAAAGAAGUAGAAAGAAUCUGCAGAGAAAGCAACUGCUAUGAUCCUGAGCGAGUCAAGAAUUUUCUCAAGGAAGCAAAGCUAACAGAUCAGUUACCACUUAUCAUUGUGUGUGAUCGAUUUGACUUUGUCCAUGAUUUGGUGCUCUAUUUAUAUAGAAAUAAUCUUCAAAAGUAUAUAGAGAUAUAUGUACAGAAGGUGAAUCCAAGUCGACUUCCUGUGGUUAUUGGAGGAUUACUUGAUGUUGAUUGCUCUGAAGAUGUCAUUAAAAACUUGAUUCUUGUUGUAAGAGGUCAAUUCUCUACUGAUGAGCUUGUUGCUGAGGUUGAAAAAAGAAACAGAUUGAAACUGCUUCUGCCUUGGCUGGAGGCUAGAAUUCAUGAGGGCUGUGAAGAGCCUGCUACUCACAAUGCUUUAGCCAAAAUCUACAUAGACAGUAAUAACAACCCAGAGCGAUUUCUUCGGGAAAAUCCUUAUUAUGACAGUCGUGUUGUUGGAAAGUAUUGUGAGAAGAGAGAUCCACAUCUAGCCUGUGUUGCUUAUGAACGUGGCCAGUGUGAUCUGGAACUUAUUAAUGUUUGCAAUGAGAAUUCCCUCUUCAAAAGUCUUUCCCGCUAUCUGGUACGGCGAAAAGAUCCAGAACUGUGGGGUAGUGUGCUGCUGGAAAGCAAUCCUUACAGGAGACCUCUCAUCGAUCAGGUUGUACAGACAGCCUUGUCUGAGACUCAGGACCCUGAAGAAGUGUCAGUAACUGUCAAGGCUUUUAUGACUGCAGACCUUCCUAAUGAACUCAUUGAACUGCUGGAGAAAAUUGUCCUUGAUAACUCUGUAUUCAGUGAACACAGGAAUCUGCAAAACCUCCUCAUCCUCACUGCAAUCAAGGCUGACCGUACCCGUGUUAUGGAAUAUAUUAACCGCCUGGAUAAUUAUGAUGCCCCAGAUAUUGCCAAUAUCGCCAUCAGCAAUGAGCUGUUUGAAGAAGCAUUUGCCAUUUUUCGGAAAUUUGACGUCAAUACUUCAGCAGUGCAGGUCUUGAUCGAACAUAUUGGAAACUUAGAUCGGGCAUAUGAAUUUGCUGAACGCUGCAAUGAACCUGCCGUCUGGAGUCAGCUCGCAAAAGCCCAGCUACAGAAAGGAAUGGUGAAAGAAGCCAUUGAUUCUUACAUCAAAGCAGAUGAUCCUUCAUCCUACAUGGAAGUUGUUCAGGCUGCCAAUACUAGUGGAAACUGGGAAGAACUGGUGAAGUACUUGCAGAUGGCCCGUAAGAAGGCUCGUGAAUCCUAUGUGGAGACAGAAUUGAUAUUUGCACUGGCUAAAACAAACCGCCUUGCAGAGUUAGAAGAGUUCAUCAAUGGGCCAAAUAACGCUCAUAUCCAGCAAGUUGGUGACCGCUGUUAUGAUGAAAAAAUGUAUGAUGCUGCUAAGUUGUUGUACAAUAAUGUUUCCAAUUUUGGACGCUUGGCAUCUACUCUGGUUCACCUGGGUGAAUAUCAGGCAGCUGUUGAUGGAGCUAGGAAAGCUAACAGUACUCGAACAUGGAAAGAGGUCUGCUUUGCCUGUGUAGAUGGGAAAGAGUUCCGUCUCGCUCAAAUGUGUGGGCUUCAUAUUGUAGUACAUGCAGAUGAAUUGGAGGAACUUAUCAACUACUAUCAGGAUCGUGGAUAUUUUGAAGAGCUGAUAACCAUGUUGGAAGCAGCACUGGGACUUGAGCGAGCUCAUAUGGGAAUGUUCACCGAAUUAGCUAUUCUGUAUUCUAAGUUUAAGCCACAGAAAAUGCGGGAGCACCUGGAGCUGUUCUGGUCCAGAGUGAACAUUCCUAAGGUGCUAAGAGCUGCAGAACAAGCUCAUCUUUGGGCAGAAUUGGUGUUUUUGUAUGACAAGUACGAAGAAUAUGAUAAUGCCAUAAUUACCAUGAUGAAUCAUCCGACUGAUGCGUGGAAAGAAGGGCAGUUCAAAGAUAUCAUUACCAAGGUUGCCAAUGUGGAACUAUACUACAGAGCAAUACAAUUCUACUUAGAAUUCAAGCCACUGUUGUUAAAUGAUUUGCUGAUGGUGCUGUCUCCACGGUUGGAUCAUACUCGUGCAGUCAAUUAUUUCAGCAAGGUUAAACAGCUACCACUGGUGAAACCAUAUUUGCGUUCAGUCCAGAACCACAACAACAAAUCUGUGAAUGAAUCACUGAACAACCUCUUUAUUACAGAAGAAGAUUAUCAGGCUCUGCGAACAUCGAUAGAUGCUUAUGACAACUUUGACAAUAUCUCGCUUGCUCAGCGUUUGGAAAAACAUGAACUCAUUGAGUUCAGAAGAAUUGCUGCUUAUCUCUUCAAAGGCAACAAUCGCUGGAAACAGAGUGUGGAGCUGUGCAAGAAAGAUAGCCUGUACAAGGAUGCAAUGCAGUAUGCCUCUGAAUCUAAAGAUACUGAGUUGGCUGAAGAACUCCUACAGUGGUUUUUGCAGGAAGAAAAAAGAGAGUGCUUUGGAGCUUGUCUCUUUACUUGUUAUGAUCUUUUAAGGCCAGAUGUUGUCCUGGAAACUGCAUGGAGGCACAAUAUCAUGGAUUUUGCCAUGCCCUAUUUCAUCCAGGUCAUGAAGGAAUACCUGACAAAGGUUGAUGCAAUAAAGGAAAAGGUGGAUAAAUUAGAUGCUUCAGAAUCACUGAGAAAAGAAGAAGAACAAGCUACAGAGACUCAACCUAUUGUUUAUGGUCAGCCCCAGUUGAUGCUGACAGCAGGACCCAGUGUUGCAGUCCCUCCCCAGGCACCUUUUGGUUAUGGUUAUACUGCACCACCCUAUGGGCAGCCACAGCCUGGCUUUGGGUACAGCAUGUGAGACGGAAAGCUGAUCCUGUAGUCGCCUAUUUUCGUACCGAAACAUCGUCUCUACCCGCUUCUCAGUUUAUAACGGGGGAAAACAGGCACAUGUUCUUGUAACCUUUAUUUCAUGAAGGACUACUUUUUGUUUCUAACUGUAAACUUGGAUCACGUAUGUUAAAAGCUUAUUUCACAUUCCACAUCAUUUUAGAAUUUAUUUUCAAAGGGGAAUAGUUUCAGUGUUUUAUUCACUUGGGCUUUUUUUCUUCCCCCUCAUUCUUUGAAGAAGUGCUUAAUAUUCAAUCUGUUGUGAAGAACCUGAUUUGCACUCCGUAGUGUUUAAAGAAAAAAAAAAACUCUAAUAUUGAAUCUCUUAAAUUUAGUGUAUGUAAACAGCUUACAGUAUGUAUUGUCUAAAUGCAUUUAAAUCUCUUUUAUUCAAAGAAAAGCUAAAGCAGAAAUAUUGGUAUGUGACCAUGCAAGACUGUCAAUGCCAACAAAGACAACACUAAUCAGCAUAUCCUACACUGGACUGCAGUGCUCUCCAAAUUGUUUGAAAAAUGCAUUACAGACAACUUGCCUGACUUUUAAAUGAGCGUAAAAGGCCCUCUAACCUAUGCAGGUUUCCUCAUUACACAUAUAGAAAAUGCUAGUGUGGUUUUGCUCACUUCAUAUGUAACAGGUGCCCUUAUGUUGUGCUGUAUCCUGUGCUUUUUUUGUGGGACCAUUCCAUUCAGGAACAAAGAGCACCAUGAUUCCAAUCUGUGUGUAUUUACUAACCCUUCCCUGAGGUUUGUGUAUGUUGGAUAUUGUGGUGUUUUAGAUCACUGAGUGUACAGAAGAAAGAAUUCAAACAAAAUAUUGCUGUUCUUCAGUUUUGUUUGUGGAAUUUGAAAUUACUCAAAUUUAAAAUAAAUUACUGGACUGUGGAAAUAACAUGUAGAAUGGCAGUUUUACUUAAAUAUCUCUCAAACUUAAACCAAAAGAACCAUUUCAUAUUGGAUACUGAGGCAGUAUAGGAAGGCAUGAGAGCAAAAGUGGAAUGAAGAUUGGGACGUGUGAAAACACUGCAUUACACUGCGUGCACUCCAGUAGUUAAUAAGGUACAUGCAGUUGUCUAAAGAACCAGUCAGUGCUGAAGUGGGCUACACUUCUACUACCUCCAUCAUUUUAACCAAGGGGGCACUUUAGGUGUUUAUCUAAGUAUUUCAUUUAUGAAGAGAUCAUGGAUGUUAAAUUAUAUUGAAGUAAGACUAUACAAGCAUGUAGUUAACAUGCUGUUCUUCAGCAUGAAUUGUAAAGGCCCCCAAAUUGUGGGUAUUUUAAGUUGAUUGCUUUUAAACCAGUGUUUGAAUUCAAGUUUUUUUGCUUAUGGCUGAGAAUGUUACUCUAAGUUCAUUUCACUGUUAAUUCUCAAUAGUUAGAGCCCCCUAACCUAGCUUUGUAUUGUUCUGUAACUCUAGGUCAAGCCAUUGACCAUAAACUCCACAGAAUGUUUUUUUAAAACUUAGAACUCCUGCUUUUCCCCACCUUCACCUCCUCCCAACCCCCCAAUCUUCCUAUAGGAAAUUAUAGUAUUAGUUGAAAAAAUCCCUUUUCCUUCCUUGGCUUGUCAUAGGGAAAACACCUUGCUGCUCAGGUCCUGGGCAUCCUGUUGUUUCUCCUGGAUCUCAGCCCCCUUCCUUCAUCUUUGUCAAAAUCAAGAGAUUUUUCUCUUUUCCCUUCCCAUUUAAUAGAAACAAGUUAAAAUACUUUAGUAAAGGUUUUCUUACAGCAUACUUAAAGAGUUUUGUUUGUUUGUUUUUUGAAGCCUUGUUUUAAUCUGGUGCUAUGUCUGUGAUACUGAGUUGCCCCUUAAAACCAUCCAUAAUGGGCUACAGUAGAAAGGGAAACUGAUGCAGGAUAUAACUUAGGUUCAAAUUGAGAGCAAGCUGAACUUCUGAGCUUGUUCCUUCACCUGUAAGUUAACACUAUGAGUAAUUUUCAGGAUUAUUUGUAGGAGUAUGUUUAAAUUACAAAACACCUAGCUCAAUACUGGGCAGUAGUAAGUGCUGUACAAUAAGAGACAAUGAAUUGGUAAUAAACUGUAAUUUAAGGGAUCUUCCCUAACUUUCCUCUGAAUAGGAUGAUGGUCGAUGGUCUGGGAGAAGGAACUAAAAACAAAACCAAGAGUACUAAGAGUUCUUUACCACUCUCUAAAGGUAACUGAAACAGGAGGGAAGAAGGGGCAAGAGAUUCAUAGGAAACUUUUCAGGAGGUAAACAGUUAUCUGCCUCCCUAGGAAGAACACUUCUUCCUCUUCCUCCCUAGUAUCCAAAUAUAGACAUUAUACCAAAAAAAAAAUCUGAUAAUUGUUGACAGUCAUUUCAACAGACAUUGGUACAAUAGCAAGAGACUGAUGAUCUCCAAGUAGGGCUGCUUUAAUUUUCCAUAAAUUGAUUUAGUCAUGCAGAUAUUCUCACUGUCAUGCAGGGGUCCCCAACACCUGGGGACCUGUUAGGAAUGGGGCCUCACAGCAGGAGGUGAGCAGUGGGUGAGAGAGUGAAGCUUCACCUGUAUUUACAGCCACUCCCCAUUGCUCGCAUUACCACCUGAACUCCACCUCCUGUCAGAUCAGAAGCAGCAUUAGAUUCUCAUAGGAGCAUGAACCCUACUGUGAACUGUGCAUGCAAGGGAUCUAGGUUGCGUGUUCCUUGUGAGAAUCUAAUGCCUGAUGAUCUGAGGUGGAGCUGAGACAGUGAUGCCAGCGCUGGGGAGCGGCUGCAAGUACAGAUUAUCAUUAGCAGAGAGGUUUGACUGCAGACUCUCAUCAAAACCCUAUGAGUGGCAAGUGACAACAAGCUCAGGGCUCCCAGUGAUUCUGCAUUAUAGAGAGCUGUAUAAUUAUUUCAUUAUAUAUUACAAUAUAAUAAUAAAGUGCACAAUAAAUGUAAUGUGUGUGAAUCAUCCCAAAACCACCCCCUGCCCCCACCCCAGUCCGUUUAAAAAUUAUCUUCCAUGAAACCAGUCCCUCGUGCCAAAAAGGUUGGGGACCGCUGCUGUAGCGGUUCUCAAACUUCUUCUUAGGAUCCUUUUUAUACUCAAAUUACUGAAGAUCCCAAAGAGCUCUAGUUUAUGUGGGGUUUUAUCUAUUCAUACUUACUGUAUUUUAGUAGUUAAAACAAUUUUUUUAAACUAUUAACCAUUUAAAUAUGACUAAUAAACUCAUUGAACGUUAACGUAAGCAAUAAUGAAUUAACCAUAUUUCCCCAACCAAAAGUGAAGCAAGAAGAAUGGCAUUGUACUAUUUUUUACAAGUCUCUUUAAAGUUUGUUGUAACAGAAGACUGCUGGACUCUCAUAACUACUUCUGCAUUCAAUCUGUUAUGUUUUGAAGUAUAUGAAGAAAAUCUGGCCUCAUACAGAUAUUUAAUAAGGAAAGGAAGGAGUAUUUUAAUAGCUUUUCCAGAUACUUGUGGUUAGUUGAAAUGUGGACUCUUUUUGUAGUUAUAUCUGCCAAACAUCCAGGUCUGGUUAACUAGAUUUUGUCAGUUCUUGCAAGUAAAAAUGUUUGAUGACAAAAGCAGCUAGUUCAGCUCAGGACUCAGCCACAAGUGUUUUUCCUCAAGAUGACAGUCACACUUCAGUGUGCACCAGAAGCGUUUGAUGUUACAUAAAAUAUAAAAACAAACAGUCAAGGAUCAAAUUUAAUAAUUUUUUACUGCUUCUUCAAGGACAUGAAGUGAAAUUUUUUAAACUAAGUGUAGGGUAGUGAAAACUACAAUGACAACUGGUACAGGUAGGUGCCCCUGCCUUGAUUUGUGAAAGGUGCCAGCAGUAUUACCCACCAUUGCCUUUUUAUCAUCACUGCCAAUGUCAAAACAGUGGAAAAGGAAAAGAAUGUCUUAGUAUUAGGAAAAUUGUUUUGACCCCCUGCAAGUGUCUUAGAGACCCCAAGGGCUCUGCAGAGUAUACUUUGUGAACCAUAAGAUUAUGAACCCUAUAAAAUAAAUAUGAAAGUACAGGUGAGCUAGAAAACAAACAUGAUGUUUCCAUAACUACCAGAAUUUGUGUACUAUUCAUCCUAGUAGAUAUGCCAUGAUUUAUUAAAAUAAUACUUAUAUCAGCCACGGCAGGCCAUCCUGUUGGGAAUGCACUUUUGAACCUAGAACCAUCAGUCUCUGAGGCAAGCCUCAGAAAUUACCGAAGCCAGAAUCAUACAUUUAGGAUUGGGUUCUUUUCAACUCAGUUACAUGCUGUUGCAUCACUUUCCAAUCCAGUAUAAACAUUCUAUUUAGAAACAGUUGCUAUUGUAGCAUCCUUCACAGUUACAAUUUCUUCUGUGCUGUCAGAUGCCAGUGUAAACUAUAAAACUGACAAAAUAGAACCUUUAAGACUGGCUGCAGUAGUCUUUAGUGUUCUGCCCAGACUCCACUGACCUUGGAGCUUGCGGUUGUGCUAUAUUACUGCCUACGUUGAAGUUAACUGCUAACUAAUGCUAAUUGCUGAAGUUAACCAUGGAGAGCUGCAGUCACUUAACAUGUGCCUGUUACCAAAAUUCUCCCUGACAUCAUCAUAGUUCUUAGGGAUAUACUGAAACUAGAAAUCCUGUCAGGAUCCCUUUUUGCAAAAAAGCAGUCAGGAAGCUAUGUGGCUCUUGGGAGCUGGAACCUUCAUAUUCUGGGCAGCUGGUAUAACGUAAUUAUUGGAAUUAUGUCAUGCUAAGUGUAUAACGAUCAAAAGGGAAAUAAGGUGCCCUUAAAUAAUUGUCCAGUUCUUAAGUUCUAGGUAAAGAAAUAGUGGGAUGUUGGGCUAAGCUACAUUCACUUUACAAUUACCAUAAAUUCCUACGUGGGCCCAUUAUCACCUUCAAGGUCCAUAUAAGUCACUUCGCAAGUUUCAAUGCCUUCAUUGUUAGGAAAGGGGGGAACUAAGGAGAUGUAGGACCACUGCUGAGAAACUUUAGCCAGUGUGGGUUAGGGAGUGAACAUGAAACACAGCACGGGUGGGUUAUAUCAGUGCUAUAAAACCUCAGCUUUAAGACAAAGUUAGAUUUUAAACCCAUGAUCUAUUAAUAAUAUAGGCAGUCAUACAAAAACUGAAGGCAGGAAAAACAAACUACAGUUUGCACCUAAUGGUAGUACCCCUGACCCCUGAUCCUCCAAGGUGGGUAAUAGAAGAGCUAUUAACACACAAAGGGACCAAACCACACAUAGGAAAUGCUGUUUCCCACCUCGUAAUCAAUUUUAUUGUGACCUUUGCCUCUCAUCUUAAAUAUUUCUUGUUUCAGCACCCAUCUCUUGAACCACCAGGACUAUUUAUUAACCAAACUUUUUUUUUUUUUUCAGCGCAAGAUAACUGUGUAACCAGGCCAAGUACAUGAUAGAAGAACACAGGAAUGGAUUUUCAUCUCAAGAAUACAUAAGUUGGGGGAAGAAACUCAGCUUUUAUUGUUAGAAUUUGACAGUUUCAACCCCUUGUGGUGGUGGGAUGACCAUCAUCAUACAAUAUUCCACCUAGUAAAGUUUUAGGUGGCCAGUGACCUUAUCAAUUAGGUCUACUGGUCCUGGCCCAAUUCCUAGAACAGUUCGAGAGCCUGGUGCAAUCUGAGUACGUCCUGCAUCUUCGAUUAAACUUACAGUCAGUCCCAGAAUUUCUGCAUGGGUCAAUAAUUCAACUAGAGUUUUUUCAUCAGGAGCUCUGACCACCACUUUGGGCUGGCCACAGUUUUCCCAUUGUUUGAGUAAUUCAGGGUUUCUCCUUCGAAUUUGCUUGUAGGCAGAAACAGCAGCAUGAGAGCACUGGGCAGCCACUUUCCCUUUUCCCAUCUUUAAGUCACUUCGAACCACAAGGAUCAUUUUGUACUCCCCACCCUCUCCUAAGAUGCUUGCUUCUGUUCUGGUGUCAGUGUCUGUCUCGCUCACUGAGCUCUUGGGGAUCAUUCUAAAGCGUUCUCGGAGUCUCCAGCCCAGGCACAUGCCACAAGCAAUGCCGGCAGCCAUGCUGAGUGCACCAGGAUUAGUCAAAUAUUCCAUAACCAAGGGUUUGGAGAGCAUCU